AUAUUCAACUCUUCCAUGGAGUCACUCACCUCAACUUACUUGUACUUCAAUUUGUGAUAACCAUGUCCACCGGAUGGCUGCAAUGGGAUCAAGAGACAAAGUUCGUCAGUCCUGGCCAUAAGCUCUAUCGCUCCUCUGCUCCCAGUUAUGCUGGUAGUGACAGCACCCAGAAGCUCACAGAAACUGCCGUGCAAUAUCUCCAAACCCAGGGCAUUGACAGCGUCAUCAGCUUCAAUCAGGUUCCUUACAAUGCUACGGAAAUGCAACUGCUGAAAGACGCAAAGAUCAGUUAUCUUCACCUCCCUGUCAUGGACUACACUGCUGCUACGAUCCAACAACUGCGGAGUGCCAUUGCUUUUUACAAGGAUCCAAAGCACAAGGCUACCCUUGUCCAUUGCGGCUUUGGAUGGGGUAGGACGGGGACUGGCGUAACAGCUAUACAGUUGGACGCUACACAGGGCGCCAACCCUCCUGAAUCGGAGUGGAAGAGUGUGAACCAUGUUGAAGAAUCCGUGCAGGUAGCAGUUCUGAAGCAACUCAAGUCGGAACUUCAGAAGGCGUAAGGGGAGGUGAAUGAACGAAGACACUGGAGUUUGAUACGGACGAGCCAUUAGCGCCGAAUACAUUGACAGAGGCUGUAGAAUACAGUGUAAACCUUGGAAUUAGAAACAUCUCGUAGCCGACCAAUCCCACGGUUGAAAGCUUAAACUGACAAU